ACGCGGUUGAUUGAAACCAGACACAGUUCAUAUUUGCUGGAAGAGACCUGCGGAACCAAAUCAACAACAAUUCCGAGUCUCUCCUCUCCUUCACGAAACCUCCAAUCCAAAAAAUUAAAUUCCUGUCCUUUUCGGAUUAGAUCAUCCAAUCUCCACAGACAAAAACCGCCAAAGACAAAAACUUCCUUCACCCUUAAGGGUUUCGUUUUGCCGUGUUCCCUUUUUUGUCGGAGAAUUCCCCUUUUUUUUUUUGCCUUGGCCGAGAGAACAAUCCAUAGAUCCAAGCAAGACCUGUGUAAAGAAGUUAAGGGAGGCGAUAUAAGCGUCGUAAUAACGGUCGCCUCGUCGAUGGCGUUAACGUGGGGAUCUGCUCUGAGGAUUUCAGUUCUUUUGAUCCUUGUAGCUGCAAUUGUCUUAGCUUGCUAUUUUCUCCCCGUUGAGCAGCUGUUGAAGGAUUUUUUGUUAUGGGUUGAACAAGAUCUAGGCCCUUGGGGACCUCUUGCCCUAGCUGUUGCGUACGUUCCUCUAACAGUUUUGGCUGUUCCUGCCUCUGUUCUAACGAUCGGUGGUGGCUAUCUUUUUGGACUGCCAAUUGGUUUUGUGGCGGACUCGGUCGGUGCUACGCUUGGCUCAGGAGCAGCGUUUCUUCUAGGCCGUACCAUUGGAAAGCCUUUUGUAGUUGCAAAAUUGAAGGACUAUCCUCAGUUUCAGUCAGUGGCACUCGCGAUUGAGAAAUCAGGUUUCAAGAUAUGCUUGUUGCUCCGGCUUGCUCCUCUUCUCCCCUUCAGCAUGUUGAACUACCUCUUAUCUGUAACGCCUAUCACGCUGGGCCCAUACUUGCUCUCUUCUUGGUUAGGGAUGAUGCCAAUAACACUUGCGUUAGUGUAUGCUGGAACAACACUGAAAGACCUUUCUGAUGUGACUCACAAGUGGAGCGAGUUCUCUAUAGGCCGAUGGGCGUUCUUGAUUUCAAGCCUUGUAAUAUCAGUGAUAUUAAUGGUGUGUGUAACGAAGGUAGCACAGAACGCUCUAAGAAAAGCAUUAGCAGAGCACGGAGGUGACAUGAACGGAGCGGUUGCAGCCUCGCCCGAGCUGAACGUUACCGACGAUACUCCAAGUGAUUUGAAUGAGCCUCUGUUAAUAAAGAUAGAGCCUCAAUCACCUCAGAACCAAGAAAACAAUAGUCAUUAAAAGAAGCUCCUGGUUAAUUACUUUGUACAAUAAUCUUAUCUUUGUUAACUUACAAACACACAAAAGCAUAGGUUCUUUGGAGUCAGCCCGUUAAUGCACAGAUGAAAUUAAUAUGGUUGUUCUAGUUUUUCGAUUUCUUGGGUUUGUAUAAUAACAUAGAUUAAAUAAAUUAUUCAAAAAUGUUCUUUUUCCUUCUUAA